GCCUCUCACCGGGCUUCUCCCGCGCGGCCCAUCGUGAGGGUUUGUAGGAGGAGCCGGGCCCCGCGAAUGGCAGCAACAGCUGGGGCCCGAACCCCACCCCGGGCCUCCCGCUGAACCCGCUGCCUUUUCAUCGCAAGAGCGUGGCUCGUAUUUUGUACCUACAGAUACAGGCCAACCCGGCUGCUCCUCCGAAACCUGUUUUUUGUCUGUGUAUCGUUUACCCCUGGAGAGCCUACCUGAGGCGCAGAGAAGCUAAGCAGCGAGCCCCACCAUGCAUCAGAGUCAGGAAGAGAACCCAGCAUGUUCACAGAUGUCUCAUUCUGAGAUCACAAGCUCCCAAUAGCAGCCACCAGACCUCCCCUGCUUGCCAGAAUAAUCACUGACCUGUAUUUUCUGCUGAUAUUUCUAAUCUGUGACUAAAGCAAAUAUUUAUGUCCUUAUGUUCUUACAUUAUUUCCAGCUCUCUAGUACUUUGCUCUUCUAUAGCACCACUUAUCAGAGGCUACCUAGGGACCAGAUCCUGCGCUGAGAUUGACACGGACACAGGGGUCUGCCUUCAUGAUCUUGCAGGAUUGGGAUGUUAGUGUUACAAACACUCAUCCUCCUAACUCUCUUGGGGUCAAAGAGACUUAAAUCCUCACUUAUGGAUGGAGGAACUGAGGCUCAGAGCGGUGAAGUGACUUGCCCAAGUUUGCACAGCAAGUCAGUGCUAAAGCCGUGAACAUGCCAGUCCCCUUCUCUAAACAUUAGAGGAUGUUCCCUCCUUGAGAUUACUACUAUACCCACAGUUGACAUGCUGCCAAUAGAAAUUAGUUACCACUGACUGUCCCAAAUUCUCUCUUUCCUCUCAGGAGCCCAGGAUUUGCAACCCUGAAUCCAAACCUUGGUCUAUCUAGUCUGGUAUUCACACCCUACUGUCCCUCCACCAAUGGACAAGGUGGGUCUCUCAUGCCACAAAGCUUGUGAAACACUGUACAUGAGCUCAGUUUACCCACCGGAGUGUGAGAUGGGAUUAGCACAUGCAACUGCAAAUAUUGACCAGGAAAUUUUCUAGCCCUUUUCAAAACCCAGUCCUAGGUUUUGACUUUUACUAAGUGAAAAGGUUAAAUGUUACAGACUCUUGACUAAUUUGUUGGGGUCAGAACUCCACCCAGGCUGGAUUUACUGGUUCCAAGUAUCGUUUUCUGGAUAUGGCAGACAUCUACCACACCCACUGUGAAUCAGCUGGCUGGGAGAAAUGUGCUAGACAUUAAACUUAGCAGGGCUUUAUCCAGGGCCAAAAUAAAGUCAAAACUAACAUGUUCUGAUAGUACAAGGGAGAUGCAGAUUUUCUCAGCCACCAUUUCCCUUUGUCUGGAGGUAUGAGAGAGUGUCAAGAUGCCAUCUCUGCACCAGAAGAUUGUCAACCUAGAUUGACUAACCCCGCCUAGACAUCAGAUUCAGGGCCUGCCUCCUCAGUACUUUUGCCCUAUUCAGGGAUGACCAGGCAGAAGAACCAGUUCUGUGUGUCAGCAGUGACUGUGAAGUAUUUACAUAAUCACUUUCCCUAACUUGGCUGCAAGACGAGCCUGCUCCAGGCUUCCCUGCUGUUCUUCCAGGGCUAUGCUUCCAGCAAGGAGUUUGGAAACAUCCAGCCAUGUGAACAAAGUCAUACAGAAGAUGACUGAUUCCACAUUCUCUAUAGGUCGGACCUGUUGAGUCAGGAUAAACUGGUGAAAGUGACCAAAGGCUCUGCAGCUGAAAGCAGGGGAUAAGCACGGCCUGGUCGCCCGUUCAGUGUGUUACCUGAAACUCGGGGACACAGAAAAUUCCCUGAGAGAUGCAGAAGCCUCUCUUCAAAAUGACCAAACAUUCUCCAAGGGACUUUACCAAAAGGCUGAGACACUGUACACCAUGGGCGACUUUGAAUUUGCACUAGUGUAUUAUCACCGAGGCCACAAACUACGUCCAGAGCUACAGAAAUUCAGGCUAGGAAUUCAGAAAGCUCAGGAAGCGAUUGACAACUCUGUCGGAAGUCCUUCCUCAGUUAAAUUGGAGAACAAAGGGGACCUCUGCUUUUUAAGCAGGCAGGCAGAGAACAAAAAAGUGAAGCAGAAACUUCAGGGCAAAGCCCCCAAAAAGGAUCAAAAGCAGCAGAGUAAAGUGGAGCCCAGCAGGAAUGAAAAGACUGAACGGCAACUUCUUGGAGAGCUUUAUGUUGACAAGGCCUACCUGGAGAAACUACUCAAAGAUGAAGACUUGAUCAAAAGCAGCACAAAGCAUGGGAUGACAGUGGAGGACCUGAUCCUGGGUGGCAUUAACUACCUGGACACCCGCACCGAAUUCUGGCAGCAGCAGAAGCCCAUCUACGCCCGUGUGAGAGACCGCAAGCUCAUGCAGCAGAGAUGGCUCCCAGAGAGAAAGCGAAAGCCAUCGGAAGUUGCCAGAUACAUUCUGAAGAGCAUGGAAGAAAUUGAUAUGUUGUUGACCAGUAGCUGCCCUGAAGGAAGCUAUAAGAAAGCUGAGCAUGUGCUAAAAACAAUCAAAGGUUGGUCUGAUGAUGAAAUUCCCAACAAGAACGAAUUGAUUGGAAACCUCUACAGCUGCAUUGGGAACGCUCAGAUAGAGAUGGGACAAAUGGGGGCAGCACUGCAGAGUCACAAGAUGGAUCUGGAGAUCGCAAGGGAAAAUGAUCUGCCAGAUGCCGUCUCCAGAGCUCUUGACAACAUUGGCAGGGUUUAUGCCAGAAUUGGCAAAUUCCAGCAAGCUAUUGACACAUGGGAGGAGAAGAUCCCACUGGCAAAAACCAGCCUGGAGAAAACGUGGUUAUUCCAUGAAAUUGGCCGAUGUUACCUAGAGCUUGAUGAAGCAACAGAGGCCCAGGGUUAUGGAGAAAAAUCUCUCCAGUCAGCGGAGGAGGAGGGUGAUGUUGAGUGGCAACUCAACGCUAGUGUGCUGGUUGCACAAGCACAAGUGAAACUUCAAGACUUCCAAUCUGCAGUUAUGAACUUUGAAAAAGCUCUUGAGAAGGCAAAACUCAUUCAUAAUGAUGCAGCUCAGCAGGCCAUCAUCAUUGCCCUAGAUGAUGCGAACAAAGACUUCAUCGAAGAGUUGAAAGCAGAACAAAGGACAGAGAGAAUCGAAUCUUUAAGAGAUUAUGAUUACGACGAUGAAUACCAGGAAGGAGAGGAGGCAGAGGACCAAAAAGAAAGAGAAGAAAACAAACAAGAGGAGAUAGAAAAGGAAGAGAAUGAGAGAAAUGGAAGAGGAGGAGGAGAAGAAGAGGAGAGAGAGGGAGAGAAAGGGGAAGAUUAUGCAGAGCCUCAUCAGGAUUUGCCUGAAUAAAGAGGCAGCAUUUCCCCAGGAAACCACUCAUUAGGGUUAAAGUUCAUGAGGGGUUGCUGGGUUUGCAAACUAGUGCAUUUUAGUUAGUGUGAAAUGGCCCCUAUUUUCCCUGGACAUGGAGUCAGCUCCGUCAGAAUUGGGGCUGCUCUUGCUCUUUGCCGUCCCUUUUAAAUACUUUUUUUUCCAUGUUCCCAAGCCCUCCAUUCAAGGCUGUUUGGGCUGUUACUGUGGAGGAGUUCUGUUACCUCCCUCCCCCUCCCAGCCUUUCUGCCUAGAGUUCAGAGCCAGGUCUGUGCUUAGAAGCUUUGCUCAUAUAGCUCUGCUAUGCCCACAGCUUUCACUGGUAAAAAAACUCAGCAAUUUUGCCAAUGUAGCUUAUUCCAGCCCCUCUGAGCAAACUAAGCUAUAUCAGCAAAAGCUCCUGCUUGCUGGUAUAACUGGGUCUUGCUGGUACAGCCGUGUCAAUCAGGGAACCCAUUUCAUUACACCCCGGGCUGAGGGAGCUAUGCUGGCAAAAGUUGGUGGGGUAGAGCUGGCCCAGGACUCUGACACAGAGUCAGACAUUACUGAGGGCCCAAUACUGCACCUGCUAUGUAAGGGUAAAAGUCCCAUCCACUCCCAGGGGCAUGCUGCAUGCACUAGCACGGCAGCAUUGGGCUCUUGCAAGUAUGUUUGACCCACUGGGACAGUUGCACUCAUGGCAAACAUGACUGCAGGACAGAGCAUUUUACCUCAUGUGCAGCUGACUCACUGGUGCAGGUCCUCCAGGCCACAUCCAGCGCUGACUGAUGCCUGCAGGCUGUGAGCAAGUGCUGGGUGGAGUGUGGCCUAAGUCAGCUGUGGCUUUGAGUCAUGGUGAAACAUUCAUGCUGCCAAGGGAAUGUUAUUUUUAGUGUAUGUGACUUGUAAAUAAAUGAUGCCAACAGUGA